AUGAGCGGGUUCCUGUCCCGGCUGGACCCGCGGCGGGUGCCCUGGGGGGCGGCGGGCCAUGCCCUGCGCGCCCGCGUCCUGCGCACCAAGCCCGUGGAGUCCAUGCUGGAGGGCACCGGGGCUGCAGCCACCCAGGGCGCCCGGCUGGCCAAGGUGCUCACCACGCUGGACCUCAUCUCCCUGGGUGUCGGGAGCUGCGUGGGCACCGGCAUGUAUGUGGUGUCCGGCCUGGUGGCCAAGGAGAUGGCGGGGCCCGGGGUCAUCGUGUCCUUCAUCAUCGCUGCCGUCGCGUCCAUCUUGUCAGGUGUUUGCUACGCUGAGUUCGGUGUGCGCGUCCCCAAGACCACGGGCUCUGCCUACACCUACAGCUACGUGACCGUGGGGGAGUUUGUGGCGUUCUUCAUCGGCUGGAACCUCAUCCUGGAGUACCUGAUUGGGACAGCUGCAGGUGCCAGUGCCCUCAGCAGCAUGUUUGACUCGCUGGCCAACCACACCAUCAGCCGCUGGAUGAUCAACAGCGUCGGCACGCUCAACGGUCUGGGAAAAGGGGAGGAGUCGUAUCCUGACCUUCUUGCUCUGGUCAUUGCUGUCAUUGUCACCAUCAUUGUGGCCAUGGGGGUGAAGAACUCCGUGGGACUGAACAACGUGCUCAAUGUCAUUAACUUGGCAGUUUGGGUCUUCAUCAUGAUUGCUGGUCUGUUCUACAUCAAAAGUGACAACUGGGCUGAAGGGCAAUUCCUGCCGUUCGGAUGGCCAGGGGUGCUCAAGGGGGCUGCAACCUGUUUCUAUGCCUUCAUUGGCUUCGACAUCAUUGCUACCACGGGAGAGGAGGCGAAGAACCCCAACACCUCCAUCCCCUACGCCAUCACGGCCUCGCUCGUCACGUGCCUGACAGCUUAUGUGUCUGUGAGCAUGAUCCUGACGCUGAUGGUGCCCUACGAUGCCAUCGACACCGAGUCCCCACUGAUGGAAAUGUUCGUGGUCCACGGCUUCUAUGCAGCCAAAUUCAUCGUUGCCAUCGGGUCCGUGGCUGGCCUCACUGUCAGCUUGCUGGGCUCCCUCUUCCCAAUGCCCAGAGUCAUUUAUGCCAUGGCUGGUGAUGGGCUGCUCUUCAGGUUUUUGUCCCACGUCAGCUCUUACACAGAAACCCCUGUCGUGGCUUGUAUCGUGUCUGGGUUCCUGGCAGCUCUGCUCUCCUUGCUGGUCAGCCUGAGGGACCUGAUUGAGAUGAUGUCCAUUGGCACCCUGCUCGCCUACACACUGGUGUCCGUCUGCGUCCUGCUCCUCCGGUACCAGCCCGAGAGCGACAUCGACGGCUUCGUCAAAUUCCUCUCUGAGGAGCACACCAAGAAGAAGGAGGGCAUCCUGGCUGACUGUGAGAAGGAAGCUUGCUCUCCUGGGAGCGAAGGAGAGGAAUUCUCUGGCCCACCGACCAACACGUGCGGGGCAAAAAAUCUGCCGUCGCUAGGAGAUAACGAGAUGCUAAUUGGGAAAUCCGAUAAAUCCGCCUACAACGUGAAUCACCCCAAUUAUGGCACCGUCGACAUGACCUCAGGGAUAGAGGCAGAUGAGUCUGAGAACAUCUAUCUCAUCAAGCUGAAGAAGCUGAUUGGCCCUCGCUACUACACGAUGCGGAUCCACCUCGGGCUGCCGGGUAAAAUGGAUCGCCCGACGGCAGCCACCGGCCACACGGUCACCACCUGUGUGCUCCUGCUCUUUGUCCUCAUGUUCAUCUUCUGCUCCUUCAUCAUUUUUGGGUCAGACUACAUCUCUGAGCAGAGCUGGUGGGCUGUCCUCCUGGUGGUGCUGAUGGUCCUGCUCAUCGCUGUGCUGGUGUUUGUGAUUUUGCAGCAGCCAGAAAACCCCAAGAAGCUGCCCUACAUGGCCCCGUGUCUGCCCUUCGUCCCUGCCUUCGCCAUGCUGGUCAAUAUCUAUCUCAUGCUGAAGCUCUCCACAGUCACGUGGAUCCGAUUUGCUGUCUGGUGUUUUGUGGGUCUGCUCAUCUACUUUGGCUAUGGGAUGUGGAACAGCACGCUGGAGAUCAGUGCCCGGGAGGAGGCCCUGCACCAGAGCACCUACCAGCGCUAUGACGUGGACGUCGACCCCUUCUCCGUGGACGAUGGCUUCUCCUUCGCCCCCGAGGGCGAGAGCUACCCGGCCUGGGGUCCUUCUGAGGACAAGAGCUUCUCGUACCAGCAAAUGGCGGGCGCCAAGGAAAGCCAUCGGACAAGUAGCAGGUCGAAAAGCAAAGGCCGGCACAAACCGCCCUCGGAUGCUCUGAUCGCCAAUGACGAGUUGGACUACUCGCCUGAGUAGCGGGACGGGCAGCGGGGCGCCGCGCCGCCCAGGCGAUGAGGAAGGGUCCCCCUGAUUCCCCCAUCCUGCCCCAUCCUCCCUGGGUCCUCCACCACCACCCUGCUCACCUCUGGUACUCGGGACACGCUCUGCGAUUGCUGCUGACCCCGAACCAAAACAGCCCGUGGCCUGUCCCAGCUCCACCAGUGGGGUCCCGCUCUGGUGAAUGCUGGCUGAUCCCCCAGCACUGGCUGAUCUCCCAGCACCAGCUGCACCAGUGAGGCAGCGGAGUCGGAGAUGUGCCAAACCAGGAGGGUGUUGAGAGGUGGGAGGAGCCGCAUGAGGAGACAAGUCAAAUUGUCCCUGGGGAAAGUCCACCCGAUGGCCACAGCAGUGGGAUGCCACUCUAAAGUUUUUGGCACUUUCUUGGCAUGUGUGUUUUUUUCCUUUUGAUCCACCUAGAAAUGAUUGCUGAGCCAGAGGCACAGAGAGGUGGGUAGGUACAAAAUGGAGAUGGACACACUCUUCCCUGGGAGUAGCUCAGAGAUCAUAGUUGGUUCCAUCACACUGUAGCCUGUUCUGGUACACUUCACAGAGCAGUUCUUCCCCAAGGCCAUCUCCACACCCCAAACCCCAAUAUUGUUAUUCAAAAUUAAUCCUUGUCUCAGUCCAAGCUUAAGUCUCAGCACGGCCCAACACCCCAAAUCUGAGGCUGGUAGCUUGAUCCCAUUCCUGGUCACAAUGAGGGCUGUGACCCACUCUUGACUCAACCCUCUUUGUACAAAUAGUCAACGAGGACCACACAUUCCUCUGAGCAUCACCAGUCUGAGGUUGAGCACUGCUCCCACCACCUUGUGUCUUUUACAAAAAUGACUCUG